UGUGUUAUGUCCGGAACCGGAACCGUCACUAACGUGAGCAUCCGUCAGCCGACAGCGGUCGGAGCUGUUGUGACUUUGCGAGGCACUUUCGAGAUUCUUUCUCUCUCUGGAUCUUUCCUUCCGCCGCCUGCUCCUCCAGGAGCUACGAGUUUGACGAUAUUAAUCGCUGGAGCUCAGGGACAGGUCGUCGGAGGUAACGUUGUUGGAGAGUUGAUGGCGGCGGGGCCGGUGAUGGUCAUGGCGGCAUCUUUUACGAACGUGGCUUACGAAAGGUUGCCUUUGGACGAGCAUGAGGAGCAGUUACAAGUCCAAAGCGGCGGUGGAGGCGGAGGUAAUAUGUACUCGGAAGCUACCGGGGGUGGCGGUGGCUUGCCGUUCUUCAGUUUACCGAUGAGUUUGCCUCAUAUGGUAGGUGAACAUUGGCCGGGGAAUUCUGCCGGCGCCGGUAGGGCUCCGUUUUAGCUUCUGUUUUUUAAAAAAACUUCUAUUUGUUUUUUUUUACUCUUUUAUUUUCACGGAAUUUAUGGAAUUGUAAUUUUUUCUUACAUAACAAUUGUUCGUGUAUUGAUCCUUCGUUACAUGUUUUGUUUUUAGUUUUCACUUAGGUUGCCGAUUUAUUUUUCAAGUUUCUAAAACUACAUUCGAAUUAAUACUAGCAUCUAUAUAUAAUCGAUUUGUUGUUUAUUUUUCUCAGUUAUUUUGUAUCCAUAUGUAAUGCUUCGAGUUCUCUGUU